AUGCAAUUACAAGACAAUAUAUAACAAAAACAAGACGAUGAUGAUGAUGAAGAAAAAAUUUUAAAUUACGAAAACCAUCAUCCAUUACCAGAAGUAGAAUAUGAAAACCAUUAAUAUGACCAAGAAGAACAAUUUUAAGAUUAAUAAUAAGACUACUAAGAAGAAAAUAAACAUAGCGAAUAAGAAAAUGAAUAUAAUGAGGAAGAAUAUUAAUAUAUUGAACUACAAAAUUAAUAUAAUGAGGAAUAUAAAUUAAAUGAAUCAAAUAAAUAAACUGAAAAAUAAUAAAAAAAUACUAUUAUAAUAUAAAAUAAUAAACCUAAUAAAGAAAAUUAUUUUGAUAUAAAUACAUAAGUAAAUAAUGGAUUUAAUGCAAGCAAAAAAAAUAUAACUUUAUAAGAAAAAAUCUCUUUUUCGAAUUUACUCAAUUAAUAAAAAUUAACCGAUUCCAGUUAAUAAUUUGCGCCUUUAAAAUAUGCCCAAAACUAUGAACAAAGAUCUUCCCAAAAUUAAAAAAAUAGUCUAUAUACAAAUAAAUUUACUUAAAAUUACAUUUAAAAACGUUCUAAAGAAAACUCAUUUAUCCAAAACUAACAAAUAAAUGACGAAGAAGAGAAAAUACUCUCCCAAUUAAAGCACAAACUACAUGUUAUUUUUAUUUUUUAUGUCUCCUUUGGAGAUAGAAUAAAUAUUAAUUAUUUAAAAUCAAAUAAGUUUCAUAAAAUGAUGACAGAUGCUUAGAUAAAAGGCAAUAUUUUAACCUAAAACAAACUCGAUCUAUUAUUUGUUAAAGAAAAUAAAAAUAAACAUAAUAUGGAUUUCGAAACUUUCCUUAAUUUAAUAGCUAAAAUAGCCCAAUAUAAAUACCCUGAAUGCAAUUAAUAUGAAGCUUUAUAAAAUAUUCUAUAUUUAAACUUCAUUCCUUUAUAUGAAAAUAUAGUAAAUGAAACUGAUUUAGGUGAAUUAAUUAAUUUCCAAGAAAAUAUUGACAUAAACACAAUGGGAAUUUUGAAAGAAAUAAAUUCUAUUAUAAAAUUAAUAUAUAAGACAUAUUUUCCAUUUGAAUGGAAAAAUAAUAAAGAUUAAAAAAUUAAAAUUUAAUCGGAAAAUUAAACUUUUAUUUUUUUAAAAGACUUUGAUAUUUGUCCUCAAUUAAUUACUAAAUCUUCUUCCUUUCUUCUUUUACGAGAAAUACUCUAUAAGUAAAAUAUUCUUGAAUAUUUCUAAAAUGAUUAAAUUAAUAACUUAUAACAAAUCGAAUAUUAUUUAUCUGAAGAUUCUGGAAGUUAUUUUACUUAUUGGAAAUUUUGUUUAUUACUAAUUAGAAUUGCAAACGUUUGUUAUGUUAAUAUUUUUAGUUAAAUCGAAUAAUCAAUCACAUGUGAUUAUAAAGCAAAAAAUCUUUGUGAAAAACUUACAUUUCUAUUAGAAAGAAUGGAACUUUCUUAAGAAAAAAUUUAAAAUAUGUAAAAUUAUAAAUUAUUUAAAAAUCCAAUGUAACUGCUAGAAAUAAAAUGCUUAAAAAAUAUUGAUAUAAUAGAUUAAUACGCAGAUUAAUUAAAAUAAAUUUUUUAAUCAUUUUGCAGUUUUGGAGAUGCGAUGAAUUUCGAUUAUAUGACUUCUUCGAAAUUCUAAAAAUUGUUAAAAUAAUCUAAUCUGGUUUAAAAUAAUAAUAAUAAUAAUAAUAAUAAUAAUAAUAAUAAUAAUAAUAAUAAUAAUAAUAAUGAUAUUGCCUUUAAAUAACUUUAAAAAUCAUAAGUAAAUUAAAUAAAAUUAUUAUUUGAAUAGUUUAUUAUUUCUUUAGAAAUUAUAGCAUAUAAACUUUAUUAAGAAUUAGAUUUAAGCGAUGCUUUUAAUAUUAUUAUUUAAAAUCACAUAUUAAAUAUUAACCAAUCAUAAAAUUAAUAUAAUAAUAAUAAUGGAAACGAAUAUGUAUAAAUACUAAUGGAUAUUCUCAAAGACUAGGAAAUAGUUGAUUUAUUAGGAAUAAUGCACAAAACAUUGAUUUUUUCUUUUAAAUAUUAUUCGAACAAUAAAAAUACUAUUAAUUUUGAUAGAUUUAUUAAAUUUUGUAAAGAUUUUGGUAUUUUUCCUGAUAUUGUUCCCAAAUCGAAACUAUUGAAAAUCUUUAAUACUUUAUCUUAAAUAUAUAAUACUACAGAAAAUCCGUAAAACGAAGAGAAAAAUGUAAUUGACUAGCAUUUAUUUAUAGAGACUAUUGCUUUAUGUGCUUUUGAAGUUAAUUAUUCUAAUCCUUAACCUUCUGAAAUUGAAAAAGUAUAUUUAAAAUAAAAAAAAUUAUUUUAUUUUUUAAUAAAAAGAUUUGUUAUUUAAUGGAAAGAAUGA